CUGUGAAGUGUGACAAAAUAAAUUUAUAGCAUAUUCUAGUUUUUUGCUCUUUCAGUUCUAAAUAAUAAUAAUAAAGAUACGUAUUUAUUAUUUACACCCUGAUGUAGAUCUUCAGGAAUGAUAGUGAAUAAAACAAUAAGGCAUAUUUCGAAGAGUACCUUCAAGUGCGAAGUAUAGAAUCGAUUUUUCCGGGGAUGUAAUAUCAUUUUACGUUUUGCAAGAAUGACUUCAAUCAUAGUUUCUGCUUCUUUAUUUCUAUAUUUUGCAAUAAAAUGCCACGCAUCAGGUACAGACAUAGCACUGGAUGCGAAAGCUACACUUUUACAUCGUAUUGAUAGCUUAAAUCUACUUAUUUAUACAUGCCUUUUGACACUAACCGUUUUAACUAUUUGGGUAUUCAAACAUCGACGAGUGAGCUGGCUUCAUGAAACUGGACUUGCAGUAAUAUAUGGUCUCAUAGUAGGAGCAAUCAUUAGAUAUGCUGGGAGUACAAAUCAAGUCACACAUAUUGAUGCCUUUCCAGCUCCAAAUACUAAAUAUAAUCUGUCAGUUCCACCAGACAUUGUACGAUUUCACUUUCCUGAUACUAUACCAAUUUCUCCUGGAGAAGUACCUGUCCCCAAUAAGACAUACGCCUAUAGCUUCCGUGGGGAGAUUGUGAAUUUGGAACAAAAUGAAAUAGAUCUUAAAGCUACUUUUGAUCCUGAAAUAUUCUUUAAUAUUAUUCUUCCACCCAUUAUUUUCCAUGCUGGUUACUGCUUAAAAAGGAAAUAUUUCUUCCGGAACCUUGGUGCAAUAUUGACAUUUGCGAUGGUAGGAACAGCUUUAUCAGCACUAGUUAUUGGUGCUCUUAUGUAUGGCUGCGUUCAACUCAUGCCAGCAUCUCUAGCGGCGAGCUUCACAUUUCUAGAUACUCUGUAUUUUGGAGCCCUAAUUUCGCCUACCGACCCAUUGACUGUGCUCGCAAUAUUCUCUCAAUUAAAGGUGGACGUUAACUUGUACGCUAUGAUAUUCGGAGAGAGUGUCCUCAAUGACGCUGUGGCUCUUGUACUUAGCGGAGCCAUACAGAACUAUGAGAAGCGAUAUUCUGUGGAUGGUGGUUUUGAGAUAACAGCGUUUUUGGCGGCCAUUGGCGACUUCAUAGGAAUCUUCAGCCUCUCCCUUCUAGUCGGCGCUUUCAUGGGAUGCUUGACUGCUCUGAUAUCUAAGUUCACCCACGUCCGUGACUGGCCGUUGUUGGAGUCGGCUCUAUUCGUAUUGAUGUCGUACGCUGCCUUCCUUAUCGCCGAAGUCUGCGAACUAACAGGUGUGGUGGCUGUAUUGUUCUGUGGUAUCUGCCAAGCUCACUACACCUACAACAAUCUCUCCUCGGACUCUCGUAACAGAACCAAGCAGCUGUUCGAGUUGUUGAACUUCCUCGCUGAGAACUUUAUAUUCACAUACAUAGGAGUCUCGAUGUUCACGUUCCCUAAACAUCACUUCGAUCCCUGGUUCAUUAUAGCUGGAUUUCUAACUUCGACACUCGGCCGCGCUGUCAACAUCUACCCUCUGUCAUUUCUCCUAAACCUGGGGAGGAAGCCGCCUAUACCAGUGAACUUUCAACACAUGCUGUUCUUCUCUGGUCUUCGCGGUGCGAUGUCAUUCGCGCUAGCCAUUCGCAACACGGUGUCGGAGGCUCGUCAGGCGAUGUUGACAACCACCUCUCUGAUAGUGAUCGCCACCGUCGUACUGCAAGGAGGAGCCGCCUCACACGCCCUGGCUUACUUGAGGAUACCUACUGGUCAAGGUCAGAACGACGAGAACGAAGCUCUACCCUACCGUGACGUCAGAAGUCUCUACCAGGCCACGGACACCGGCGGACCGAACGGCCGCAUGGUAGUUAAGUGGGACAAUGGCGAUAGCGGAGUGAUUAUGCCUUGGCAAAUAAACUCAUACGAAGAUACUCCACAUGGUAACGAGACGGGUGAGAAAGCCCGCCUCGCACGUCUAUGGGGCGCGGUGGACUCAAAGCUUCUGAAGCCCCUACUCACGCACGCCCGACCGCCUCUCACAGAAACGUUACCCGCCUUUCUAAGCCCCGUGGCGAGGCUACUUACUACCACACGACAAUACACACAAGGCUAUUCCCCCUGUCUCCAGGAUGGACUACGAAGGACUGAUUCCGAUUCCGACCUGUGUAUCGACGAGCCUCAACCUGUACCAACUAGUAUUGACCCACAGCAACCUUAUAAUAUACGGAAUGGAUAUGGAAAUGUCUAAGCUUUGUAGAGUUAGUGACCCACGGCUGUGAUAAAGGUCUAGAACCCAGAAUGUACAUAGAAUUUAAAAUGUAUUAUAAUUUUUUUAUUAGGAUAAUUGUUUUUUCUUUUUUUUAUUAUUGCACGCAGCAACUAUGGCCUGGACUCGUGGAUACGAGAAUCUCUGUAGAAGGUAUCACAGGUAGUAAUAUAUGAAUAGGAAAUGUGUGCCACAAUUAUAUAUAAAGACUAUUGAAUCUUAGAACUUUUUAUUUUAAUGUUUCUAGCUCUUUGGUUUUAGAGUAUAGACUUGUCAGCCAUAUGGUCUCCCUAGAACAGCUUUAUUCAUAUUCUGUUUGAAUUUAUAAUUCUUUAUAGUUUAUAUGAAAAAACACAAAAGUUUGAAUGAUAUUUUCACUGUAUACUUUAAAGUGAAACUAGUUGUAGAUUAUCUUCAAUGCUAUUAGUAUUAUAACUUGAAGUUUAUAUUCAAUUUCUUAAUGUUUUUAUUGAUAGCUAUUGAGUGUUAAAAAUAUUUGCAUCUGCAUAUAUAGCUGUGUAUGUUUUUAAUGAUUUCAUUUACUACUAUUUAUAUGUGGUAAAAUUUUCAUCUUCGUCUAUUAAGAGGUUUAAACCAUAAUAUAUAAUAUAUUGUGCUAUAUUUUUUAAACUUUUUCUAUUCAGACAACAACCAAACUUUAGAAAAUUAUAGAGCAUAUUUUCUUUACUUGUAUUAACUUGCUGCAUUGUGUAUAUUAUAUCCCUUAUUAUUUUUAUUAUAACUUAUUGUACUAUCCAUCAAAUGGGCAUUGAAAUAUUUCUGGUGAAUGGUUGUCAUUUAUUUAAAUUUAAUGUUGAUAUUCUUAAAUUAUUUUGGAUUAUAGCUAUUCAUAUAUAUAUUUAUAUAUUUAAAAUAAUUAUAGCAGGUUUCAAAAACCAUGUUUAGUAGAAUUUCGAUGAAACGAGGAUUAUUUUUAUUUAAUUAAUAUUCUUGUUUCUGUUAGGGAAUACCAAAAAGUGAGUACAUAGUAUAAGGAUGUUUGAUACUUGUGUAAUAACUGCUUUAUUGUCUCUGGCACACUUCAUCUUUUGUGGUCUAGAUCUAAGUAUUUUUAUUGUAAUUACAAUUUAAUCUAUCUUAGCUAAAUGCUUAUUUUUUUUAAAUAUCCCAUAGAAUUAUGGAUAGAAAAAUGUUUAUCUCCGAAUUUUAACUGGAACAAAUUCUUAUAUGUUAUGUGUAAUAAAAUUUGAAUCCCUA